UCCUCCUCCCGCUCAACCUCGAGAAAAAAGAGAGCGGAGGAUCACGACAGACUACCGACUCAGCACACCAACACCACCCGUCGACCUCGCUCACGACCGCCAGGACUUUUGAAAAAUGAAGUUCAUGAAAGUGGGCCGUGUGGCCAUCAUCACACGAGGACGUUAUGCCGGCAAGAAGGUCGUAAUCAUUCAGCCAUACGAUGCCGGCACAAAAGCCCACCCAUUCCCCUACGCCCUCGUUGCCGGUAUUGAGCGAUAUCCCUCGAAAGUGACCCGCCGGAUGGGAGCUAAGAAGGUCGCGAAGCGAAGCAAGGUCAAGCCGUUCAUCAAGACCAUCAACUACAACCAUCUCAUGCCCACCCGCUACACGCUCGAGCUCGAGGGACUCAAGGGUGCUAUCACAAAUGAUACAUUCAAGGAGGUGUCGCAACGGGAGGAGGCUAAGAAAGUCGUCAAGAAGUCUUUGGAGGAACGGUACACCAGUGGAAAGAACAGAUGGUUCUUCACCCCUUUGAGAUUCUAAAUGGGAGUUUUUCUUUUUGCUUGGGAUGGGUUCUUCUUGUCAUGAAAGUUUCUGCGUUAUGCAUAGAUACACCAUAGCAAAAUAAUGGAGCACUGCAUAGCAGAUUCAAAACAACACACAGAAAACUCAAGGAUCUCUUGAGAACAAAAACAAAAACUAUGCAAAUGAUAUUUUAUGAUAUACCUUCUUAUUUUACUUUUACGUGAUAUUCUCUUAUCAUUCCAAUGGUAAGGUAAACAUUCUUCUAAUAUCAAACGGAGCAGAGUUGCUUGCCUCAAAUUUCAUUCCUACAGCACCAUUUCCAUUGGUGCGUUAAAACCAUUGUCCACCAGCUCGUUAUAUCGGCUUCUCAGCCAAUGGUUUGCAAUGCACCACUCUAGCGCCUACCACCUUAACAACUAUUGCGUGUGGACAGGUAACCGGUAUCAGUCGAGCAGGAGGACCGCAUCUACGAAAUGUGCUAUCUCCCAAAUGGACUCGUGAACUUGCGACUCUAGAUGGAAACGGCUUCAUCUGAAACCCAAAUCCGACGCCCGGCAAUAUUUUGUGUCCUGCCGACUGCCUAGAUGCAUAUAGGUGGCUAGCUACCUCCGGUAUCCCGGCUAUCCCCUCAAUGGUUGCAGUUUGGUCUCUGGCUCAAGGCCAAAUAUAUAUUACGGCUGUAGGGCUUCUAGUGAAGCAUUGCGCUUCUAUUACUCGAGCCGUUGACAGGAGCUUGAGGUAGAUCAAUGAAGAUAAAGUCGCUUCCAACGCCUAAAUAUAGCAAGCUGCAAAUCGCUAAACCGUCACCUUCGGAAACAAGUUGUGCCUCUGUCCUUGGUCCAUAUUCAUGGCGUCAUAUGAGAAAAGUGAGCGCUCUGCGUAACUCUACCCCAUGCAGGAUACCAAACUGAGAAGCAAUCUACGCACGCCUCGACUCAGGAUAUUGAUAAUUCGCAUUUAUAAUAUGAUCUGAAGAUCGGCAACAUCCCAUGACGCUGACGACUUCACUCUGGAAAUAAUUGGGAGGCGAAUUCUUGGGAUAGUCAUGUCUAUCUCUUCUAUAUUUGUAGCGAGCGGCAAAUAAAACCAUAUCAGCGCCAGUAGAACCUCGGAUUUCAUCGGUGAGAGGACAUAAAAAUCAAUGAAUACCGGGGAAGCAUCUAAGCGCCACCCAUUUCCCACCGUUCCAAUCCCCGUAUUGCCGGGAUAUAUUGCAUUACGUUUAACCUCCCUCCUACCUCCUAGUGCCCAUUUGCUUGGUAUCCGGCUGAUGUCACAGGCAGUAAUAGCCGAUAGCGUACUUUUCCCACGUGCGACCCAUGCCUCUCAAAAAUGCAAACCUGGGAAAUGCCCGCUCCUCAACAUUUAGAUUGGGCAAUUGCACAGUGGUCACAUCAGUGCAACGGGAGGCUGGUUCAACGACGCCCGAAGUUGGUUAGAUCGUGUCUAUCAUCGAACCUCUUCAUCCCGUCCCCAAUGUUGGGAGGAAGCCAGGGCCGAAGAUCUAAAAUCUUCCCACCCUCAGCCUCAGGAGAAGAUCAAACAAAGCCAUGAAUAUGCCUUUCAUUAGGUACUGCCUCCAAUGUGAUGUGGGAUGAAUUGGUCUGAAGAUAACUCUGACUACUUACCUUUGCCCUGCCCCAUUCUCCCCGAAACGGUCGAGCCUGGGAAAUGGCUUACCUGAACAAGCAGCGGGAAAGAGGAAUUUCCCAGCCUCAAUGAUCAAUAUUUGUCACUAUCCCUAUUGAUACUCCCAUCAAAAUGCACCAGGACAUUCGUCACAGAUAGAGUGCACCGCCACAUAGCCACAACUUUGUUUUCACGUAUUGAUUUCGGCACGGACCACCUGUGGCUUAGCCAGUUUAAUAGCCAAUCCUAUCCAUGGAUCUGAAAAAAGCUUGGCAUGUCCAAUUUUUUAAGGUAAGAGCGCUAGACUUCAAUAGGAAUAAUGAUUUUUUCUUAGCGUCGCUCUCGCCGAUUGUUAGCCGAGGAAUCUGAAUUUUUUCUAUGCACUUGUAUCCCCGGCCCACAACCAGCUAAUAUAAUAGUAAAUAGCUACUAGCUACAUAUAGGCCAGAAGCCUGACAGCAUGCCGUGGAUAGAAAGUUGAGUACCAGUUUCUCAUUUGAUAUUUAGAUGAUCUUUAUGAUUUCAAACCCCUAAGCUAGCUGAACAAGCUAGUAGCUCUUCAACGAUUGACUUCUUUUUUUAACGUUAAGCAUGAGUUGAAUCAACCUCCCAUCAUCUUAAAUCCAUCUACUACUACCUCUAGACCGAAUGGCGUAAUUGGCUAUGAAGUAGUCGCAAUGAUGCUGCAAGGGGUGGAAAAGAGCCCACCCAAGCGAUCUUGGCGAUGAGUUCCGAUUUUAUACUUUUACCUUCAGCUGGGACGAUUUCGCAAACUGCACAUAUGGAUAAGCUCCAUGGGUGUGCAUAUUGUGCAGAUCCUCAUGCUAUCAUGUGUGGCAAAGACAGUUCAUCCAACCUGAUGCUUGUAACAGAAGUUUGAGCUUGAGUUUGAGGGGGGAAUUGAAUUUCUGAGGGGACUCUCAGCCCAAGGAAAAGCAUUGCUUUUAGUGAAGAAAUAAAUAUGCUAUAUUAUGAGAUGGGAUUUUGACUUGUUGAAUAUAUCACCAUGAAUAACACACCUUGUAAAUGCAUAAAUUACAGAUUGAGUAUAAGUUGUGAAGUGAUGGUUCAAGCAGCUGAGAGAAGAAAAGAUUGAGAUAUGAUGAGUGCGAUUUGGGCCUGGUCAAUGUGAAAGAAGUGUCCUUUUUAGAGGGGCUAGAUUUAGCCUUAGCUAGCUGUGAAAGAAUCUGCGUCUCAUCCUGGGUUCAUCUAGCCAAUUCUGCUGUGGAGAUCUUGAGACCAACAAGCCGACGUUGCUUUCUAUCUUGUGCCAGCCAGUUUGCGGCAGACCCGCUGGACUCAAGUUUAUGAGCGAUAACAUACACAAUGUUCAG